CAGCGACGUCUCUCUCUCCCCCUCACUCACUCGCCCUCUCUCCUCCUCUCCAUCCACUGCGGAACAUCGGGCCCGUUUCUCCCUCCGAUCGCAUCGCAGGUCGCCAUGGACAACUCCGGCAAGGAGAAGGAGGCCAUGCAGCUGAUGGCCGAGGCCGACAAGAAGGUCAAGGCGUCCGGGUCCUUCCUCGGGGGGAUGUUCGGGGGGAACCAUAAGGUGGAGGAUGCCUGUGAAAUAUACGCCAGAGCAGCCAACAUGUUUAAGAUGGCAAAGAACUGGAGUGCUGCGGGGAACGCGUUCUGUCAGGCCGCUCGGCUCCACAUGCAGCUGCAGAACAAACUGGAUUCCGCCACCAGCUUCGUCGACGCCGGCAACGCCUACAAGAAGGCCGACCCACAAGAGGCCAUCAACUGUCUAAAUCAGGCCAUUGACAUCUACACCGACAUGGGUCGCUUUACCAUCGCGGCCAAACACCACAUCACCAUAGCAGAGGUCUACGAGGCCGAGCUGGUCGAUAUCGAGAAGGCCAUUGCCCACUAUGAGCAGGCUGCAGACUACUACAAGGGAGAAGAAUCUAACAGCUCCGCCAACAAAUGUCUCCUGAAGGUGGGACACUACAGCGCACAGCUGGAGCAGUACGCCAAGGCCAUCGAGAUCUACGAGCAGGUCGCCAUGAGCACCAUGGACAACCCUCUGCUGAAGUACAACGCCAAAGAGUAUUUCUUCAAGGCGUCGCUGUGUCACUUUAUAGUGGACGAACUGAACGCCAAGUUGGCCAUAGAGAAGUACGAGGAGAUGUUUCCAGCCUUCUCAGACUCCAGAGAGCUUAAGCUCUUAAAGAAACUGCUGGAUGCCCACGAGGAGCAGAACAGCGAGGCCUUCACGGAGGCCGUCAAGGACUUCGACUCCGUGUCCCGUCUGGACCAGUGGCUGACCACCAUGCUGCUCCGCAUCAAGAAGACCAUCCAGGGAGACGCCGGGGACCUGAAAUAGACCAGCUUAGGGAGAUGGCCAGGGAGGGGAGGGAGGGGGGGGGGGGAGGUUACCAGGGAGGGAUGGGGGGGAGACCAGAGGGGAAGAAAUAGUGAAACACAAGAGAAACAGAGAGGGGAGGGGGAGGAGGAGGGGGAGUUUACAGUUGUACAUAUCAGUCAGCAUGUGCCCCCCCCCCCCCCCCCCCCCCCUCCCUCCCUCCCCCUCCUCCCCCACAUUUAGCCAAACAUCCCCUUUAGAUGAUCCCGUGUCCCUGGUCCCUCAGUAUUAUUCCCUUAACACUGGACAGAAUUAUACUUAAAGAGAAAUUAAUAAAGUGUGUGUGUGUGCGUGUGUGUGUGUGUGUGUGUGUGUGUGUGUGCGCGUGUGUGUGCGUGUGCGUGUGUGUGUGUGUGUGUGUGUGUGUGUGUGUGUGUGUGUGUGCGUGUGUGUGUGUCCACUUCAGUAAAUUCUAAACUAUUUGAAGGAAAAGCUGCUCUUAUCAGAUUAAAGGAUAUAUAUACUAUUGAAACAAGGGAUAAAAAUCUUAUUUAAGAGAUUACUAAUAUUUAUUGUCGAUACUUAAAAGACUAUUUAUGUUUAUUAUGGUACUCAAUGUUCCGAUUUGUCUAAAUAUUUUAGGUAUUGGCCCCUCUCCUCGCGUCUUUUAUCCUCCUUCACUUCCUCCCCCUCUUUGGUUCCUCUGUCUCCCCUCGUCCUCUCCUCCCCCUUAACCCCCCCCCCCCACUCCCCAACGCCCCCCCACUUCAAAGUCAGUGAUGUAUCACCCAUUGUGAUUGGUUGGUUCUUUGUGUUCUGGCCAACGAUGUACGGUCGGUACAGUUACCCCCCCCCCCCUCUCGCCCCCGUGGCUGCCUUGUUUGUGCAUGUCUGUUGUCAUGUUGAUGUAAGUGUUCUCCGUGUUGUGCUAACGUGUGAAGAACAUACAUGUAGCCUGGAAUCAUUUGUGUGGUCAGUAAAUAUGUACCUCAGAAACCGAGUUGAAAUAAAAACAUCAUCGCUCUAGA